AGGCGCGCGCCCCUCUCCCCGUGUUGACGUCACCUCCGGUCCGCGGCGCUAGCCCCGUUAGCCUCCGUUAGCUCUUCAUAUAAACAUUGUGACAUUUUUCUGCGGUUUUUGCGCUUUUUCCUUUUCCCCGCAGCGCGCGCCACGGUCCGGCGCAAACACAGCGUCAUGUCCGCCCAGACUGCGCCGCCACGACCCGCCCCGAGCCUUUAAAGAGUCUGUGAGCGUCAAACGUCCAUGAUCCAGUUGGAGAAGCCUGUGUUUCCAGGGACGAUGCCUGUGGUGUGGCCCACCAUCCUGGACCUGGGCAGGGACGAGUGCAAACGCAUCCUCCGCAAACUGGAGCUGGAGGCGUACGCUGGGGUCAUCAGCGCCUUGAGGGCCCAGGGAGACCUGACGAAGGACAAGAAGGACCUGCUGGGAGAACUCACCAAGAUCCUGGGGAUUUCCACAGAGCGUCAUCGCGCUGAGGUCCGCAGAGCUGUGAACGAUGAACGCCUCACCACCAUCGCCUACCACAUGUCGGGCCCGAACAGCUCGUCGGAGUGGUCGAUAGAGGGGCGGCGCCUGGUCCCGCUCAUGCCGCGGCUCGUGCCUCAGACGGCGUUCACCGUCUCCGCCAACGCCGUGGCCAGCGCCACCGCCAACCAGAACGCCACGCUGCUGCUUCCCGCGCAGACGGGAAACAAAGAAGUGGUGGUGUGUUACUCGUACACCAGCACCACAGGGACCCCCAGCUGUGCCACGGCCUCGGGCGCCGUGAUCGGGGCCACGGUCAAGUCCCCCCGGCCCCCCAGCCCCUCCUCCAACGUGGUGGUGCUGCCCAGCGGAAGCACCGUCUACGUCAAGAGUGUGAGCUGCUCUGAUGAAGAGGAGAAGCCUCGUAAGCGCAGAAGAACCAGCUCGUCCGGUUCUCCGCCCGUCGUCCUGAAGGAGGUGUCCAAAGUGUCUCCUCCUCCUUCCAAGAGCAUCAGCGUGCCCGUCAGCGCCAGCCCCAAGAUGGGCACCAUCAUGCAGAGCAUUGCGAACUCCCUGCCACCGCACCUGUCCCCUGUCAAGAUCACCUUCACCAAACCCACCAUCCAGACCACCAACGCCACCACGCAGAAGGUGAUCAUCGUGACCACGUCCCCCAGCUCCGGCUUCGUCCCCAACAUCCUGUCCAAGUCCCACGCCCACAACAGCGCCGCCAUGUCCAAGCUGAGCUCGUCGGCCGCGCUGACCCCGCCCUCGCACAAACAGACCGUCGUCUUCCCCGCCAGCUCCAGCCCCUCCCACACCAUCGCCGUGACGACCGUGGUCUCCUCCUCCCCCUCCGUGCUCAUGUCCACCGUGGCUCCAUCGGUGCCCUCUGCUGGCGUGAAGGUGGCGGCGGCGCGUCUGCCCUCCCCCAAGACCCUGGUGGGCGCUCCCUCUCAGAUCCUCGCCCAGCUGCCCAAACAGCAGCCCCCCAAACCGCUGCAGCAGAGCCCCCCCGUGGGCAGCGCCAGCGUCAGCCAGAGCCCGGGCACCAGCGCCUCCCCGGGAGCCAAACCCACCAUCCAGAUCAAACAGGAGUCAGGAGUGAAGAUCAUCACGCAGCAGGUUCAGCCGUCGAAGAUUCUUCCCAAACCGUCUGUGGCUCUGUCCAGCAGCAGCUCCUCCCCCAUCAUGGUCGUCAGCAGCAACGGCGCCAUCAUGACCACCAAGCUGGUCACGCAGCCCACGGCCUCACAGGCGACGUACACGCGGCCGACCGUGAGCCCGAGCCUCGGCGCCAGGCUCUCGGCGUCGGGGGGCGGGGCCACGUACGUGAAGACCACCAGCGGCAGCAUCAUCACCGUCGUGCCCAAGUCUCUCGCCACGCUGGGGGGGAAGAUCAUCAGCAGCAACAUCGUGUCCGGCACCACCACGAAGAUCACCACCAUCCCCAUGACGUCCAAACCCAACGUGAUCGUGGUGCAGAAGACCACGGGGAAAGGAGCCACCAUCCAGGGUCUGCCGGGCAAGAACGUGGUCACGACUCUGCUCAACGCCGGGGGGGAGAAGAGCCUCCAGGCGGUGCAGGGGACCAAACCCGCCAUCAUCACGGCCUCCAGACCCAUCACCAAAAUGAUCGUGACUCAACCCAAAGGCCUGAGCGCCGGAGCCCAGACCACAGCCACCAAGAUCAUCCCCACCAAGAUCGUGUACGGACAGCAGGGCAAGACUCAGGUGCUGAUAAAGCCGAAGCCGGUGUUCCAGGCGGCCGUGGUGAGCGAGCAGGCGAGGCAGCUGGUCACAGAGACGCUGCAGCAGGUCCGGGCCUGUGCCGACCCGGGGGCCCCUCAGGACGGGGGCCCCAGAGAAGAGCCCGCCCCCGGAGCCUACGAGAGCGCGGGGCUGCUGACCGAGGCGGCGCCGGGAGCUUCUCAAGAGGCCCAGGCCGUGGUCCACAUGGUCUCGUCUCGUGAGGCGGAGUGGACGGAGCAGGAGGUGUCCGUGGAGUCCAGUCCCACCAUCAUCUACCAGGAGCUGUCCUCAGAGGCUCAGUCUGCCACCUCCACCAUCAAAGCCCUGCUGGAGCUGCAGCAGAGCACAGUGAAGGAGAAGGCCGAGUCGAAGCUGAGGCAGCACACCAUCGACCUGAGUCAGAUGGCCGUGCCCCUGCAGCUGCCCCCGGACAAGAGGAGCCCCCCCGAGGUCCCCAGAGCUCCCACCUCCUCCUCCUCCUCCUCCUCUUCAACCACCACCACCACCAGCGCCGCCACGUCCUCCUCCAGCGCCACCUCCAGCACCUCUUCCACCUCCGCCUCCUCCAGCGAGCCUCUGGGAAAGACUCUGAAGGCUGCUCCUGUUACCACGGCGACCAAGGCCCCUGCCCCCUCCCCUUCCUGUGUGAGCACGAGCACGAGCGCACACAGCAGCCACACGGUGUCGGACGGCGGGAAGAGCGAGGCGGCCGCCGUGGAGCCGAGCGAGGUGGAGGGCGACACGCUGGACCCUCAGACCGGCCUGUUCUACCGCUCCGGCCAGACCCCCGCCCACCCGGAGCCCCACCCCCGCCGCAGCUCACCCCCGCCACGCCGCCGCUCGCCAAGAAGCCCCCCAAACUGAGAGAGUCGCCCCAGGUGCCCUCCCACAGCCCCAAAGACGGAACCGCCGCCGCCGCGAUCACCGCCGCUCACCGCCGCCGCCGUCAAAGGGUCCGCCCCCGGGACCCCCACCAAACCGCCGGUCACCCCGCAGCUGCCCAAGCUCCAGCACGCCCCCACCUCGCUCCACCGCCCCCUCCGCGCCGACAUCUCCCACCCGCCCCCCCUGCAGGCGCACCACCCCGUCAGCACCGACAAGACCGCCGCCGCCGCCAGCCAGCAGCCCAUCAUCACUCAGAGCGCCACCGUCACAAAGAUCACGUUCGGCGGGGCUCACCCGAGCUCCGCCUACACCAGCGGAGAAGCCACCGCCAAGCUCCUCCCACAGCCCAGCGCCGGGCCCUCGGCCGCCGACAAGACCGUGUCCGACAUCCUGAAGAUCUCCAUGAUGGAGGCGGAGAUCGACCCCAGCACCGAGCCCAUGGUGGUGGACUCGUCCAGCGACUGCGGGCCCCUGGGGAAGGGCCUGGAGGUCCAAGCUCUGGAGGUCCAGGCUCUGGAGGUCCAGACCCUGGACUCGGCGCCUUUCAUCAGCAGCUCUCACAGUAAAGCUCCACAGUACAGCUGUCUCCAGAGUCUGGCCGCACAGAGGAGCAAAGAGGACAUGGACGUCAUCGAGGUGAUCCCUCAGUACUCCAUCCUGCCGGACUCCAGUCAGUCCAGUGUGGUGGUGGAGCCCAGCGGUUUCCUGGAGAUCACAAACUUCACGAGCCAACAGCUGGAGGAGGACAGCCCCAUGGAGACCGAGGUGGACAGCAGCAACGACGAGGCCACGGCCAGCCCCUCUGAGCGGGCAUAGAACCCUUGAGCCCCUCUGAGUGGGCAUAGACCCUGUGUACGGGGCAAAGAACCAGAGCCGAUGGAGCCGGAAGUGCACCUGUGUUCACUUCCUGUUUGGCUCUCCAUUUAUUUAUACAGUCUGUGGUGCCGACACAUUGGACACACACACUUACAGGGACCCAGACCCACACCCACACACACACUUACAGGGACCCAGACACACACACACUUAUAGGGACCCAGACACACACACACAAACACUGCCGUUACAAAACCCUUUUGUGAUGUCAUCAGGAGCCUCCUCCAAACUGCCAGAGACGUUGUCGUUCUUUCAUGACGUCAAAUCUGAAACGCGUCUGAAGAAGAUGGCGGCCAUGUUCUCUGGAUUUGUCCGCCGUUUUGUUCCGGCGAGACCCACAGUCUGUUCCAGAAAUGAGGGAGCGUCGAACAAAUAGACGGACGAGGACGCGCCGGACGAACGAACAAACGAGGACGCGCCGGACGGACGAGGACGCGCCGGACGGACGAGGACGCGCUGUCUGGACGUCACACGUUUGAUCUUGUUCUAAUUACAGGCACUUAAAGCCGCACUGUGGAACUUCUCUGGUGGAGGGUCCGUCAAACGCUUUUCUAUCUCCACCGAGACCAAACCAGACGCAGUUCCAGGUCAGAUCUGUGGAGAGGCGAGCCCGCUCACAGUCACAUUUGUGACUCUAAAACCAAACUGAGUAAAAGUUUGUCCAAAAUGUAAAAUGUAAACACUUAAAUCUGUCAGAAAAUGAUUUAAAAUUAGAAAAAUGAUGUGUCGAAGUAGAAGAUCAUUUUAUCUGAGAAUAAUCGAGCUCUAGACGAGAUUGAAGCGUCUGAGCUCAGAGUUCAUGAGCUGGAAAUAAAACUAAAAUCAAAGU